CUGAAAUAUUAAAAUACUCCUAGUAAUUAUUCUUCAAUUGCAGUCUUGCAGAACAGAAAAAUGACUAUGAACUUUAAGCGUCCAAUAACACUGAUGCGUACGCCUCCGCAUAGACCUCUAGCUCAAUGAAAGCCCAAGAGCUCAAUGACGGUCGGAAAGCCCAUACAUCAAAGAUAGCUCUAACAGCAAUAUCGGCGAUGGCGGCGGAAACAGCAACUUUUCCGAUUGACCUCAUAAAGACGAGGCUUCAACUCCACGGCGAAUCUCUCGCCUCAUCUCGCCGGACAUCUGCCGUUCGAUUAGUAGCAGAGAUCUUAAAAAACGACGGUGCUUUAGGACUAUACAAAGGAUUAUCACCGGCAAUUAUAAGACAUUUAUUUUACACUCCAAUCCGAAUCGUGAAUUAUGAAUUUUUGCGGAAUUUUUUGGUUCCUGCUGAUCAUACUCUUUCUCUGUCUAGCAAAGCCUUAAUUGGUGGAUUAUCUGGUGUUAUUGCUCAGGUUGUGGCAAGCCCAGCUGAUCUUGUCAAAGUUAGGAUGCAAGCAGACAGUAGAAUGGCAAGUCAGGGUAUGGAACCUCGAUAUUGUGGGCCAUUUGAUGCUUUUAACAAAAUUAUUCGGACUGAAGGCUUCCGAGAACUUUGGAAAGGCGUGUUCCCAAAUGUCCAAAGAGCUUUCUUAGUUAACAUGGGAGAAUUGGCAUGCUAUGAUCAUGCAAAGCGCUUUGUUAUCAACAACAACAUAGCGAAUGAUAAUAUUUACGCACACACUUUAUCAUCUAUAAUGUCAGGCUUGUCAGCUACUACAUUGAGUUGUCCGGCAGAUGUAAUUAAGACAAGAAUGAUGAAUCAGGCUGCUGACAAGCAAGGGAAGAAUAAGUAUAGAAACUCCUAUGAUUGUCUUGUCAAAACUGUCAGAAUUGAAGGAGUCAAAGCAUUGUGGAAGGGAUUCUUUCCUACAUGGGCAAGACUUGGCCCUUGGCAAUUUGUAUUCUGGGUAUCAUAUGAGAAAUUCCGACAAAUUGCUGGUCUCUCUUCAUUUUAACCAAUUCAUCAUGCUGUGCAUAUAAAACAGCGGAACAGAGGUUAGGUUUUCACGUUUUUCCUUUGGACUGAUCUUGAGUUACGUAUGUUGUAUCAUGGUGGGUGUUUGAGAAAGCCCAGUAUGCUUCUUUACUCCCUUUCACGAGAAAAUUGGGGAGAUAGAUUUCUCUACUUGGAUUCAUUCAGUAUUGGCUAAGCAUGCACCAGUUUUCUUAGCUUGAGUCA